AGACCCACUAGGCCACUACCCCUUCGCUGUAUUGGUGUGGUUCCUUCCACGGAGCCGAAGGCGAGCCGCCGCCGCAUCCGGGGUGUGUGUUAUCGCCGAUUAGCCUGAGAUGGCGGCGCCACCGGGAGGAGCUGGGAUCGUGUGGCAGACGCCGGCCAACCCGCCCGAGCCGCAAGACUACGUCAUCCGCAACGGUCGGCGCUACGUGAGGCCUUACUACUUCGAGUUUAUCUCCCAUGUGAAAAACAGAUGGGCUGGAAAGACCAUUGUUGACCUCUUCACUGAUGAGUUCAAAGGGCGGUCUCGUGAAUACUAUGUUCGUGCAGUGAAGUGUGGGAGGCUUCAGGUGGAUGGCCAAAUGGUUCACAAAGACUAUAUCGUGAAAUCAUCACAAAAGAUAAGCCACUUCCUGCACAGGCAUGAGCCGCCUGUCUUGGCUGGUGAUAUUUCAAUACUUCAGAAUGAAGUUGAUGUCGUAACUAUUUGCAAACCAGCUUCUGUCCCAGUUCAUCCAUGUGGCCAGUACCGUAAGAAUACUGUAGUUGGGAUUCUGCAGGCUGAGCAUGGGUUGACACCCCUAUUUCCGGUGCAUCGGUUAGAUCGAUUGGUUUCAGGCCUCCUUAUAUUUGCCAAAAAUGCUGAGAGAGCCGAAUGUUUCAGGCAACAGAUUGAAGCUGGUCUCUUGCAAAAAGAAUAUGUGGCCAAGGUUGUUGGUGUAUUUCCUGAUGGUGAGCAAACUGUUGAUGCCAAUGUAAAUUUCAAUGCACGGGAAGGAAGGAGUACUGUGGAGAUUAGUGGUGGUGCUGGUAAAGAAGCAAAUGGAAAACAGGCACUCACGAGGUUUCAGAGGAUUUGCACUGACGGCACUCACAGUAUUGUCUUGUGCAGACCUGUAACUGGUCGAACUCAUCAGAUAAGGGUGCAUCUAAAAUACACUGGUUAUCCAAUAGCUAAUGAUGAGCUGUACCUUUCGGGGGACUUCUGUCCACGAUCAAUAAAAGGAACCAGUGCUAGUACAGAAAUGGCACCAUCUGACUCAGACAGUAGUGCGGCUGAUCAUGGCAACAAAGAUUCAGAAACAGAUGAGGGUUUUGAUAUCGAUCCGAUGUGCACAAACUGUCCAAAUCUCGCUCCAGUAGGUUAUGAUGGAGACGAGGAAGGACUAUGGUUGCAUUGCGUGCGAUACACGGGUCCUGAUUGGAGCUAUGAAUGCCCUUAUCCUGACUGGGCGUUCCUUGAUAGUGUGUCAACGAAGAAGAUGAAGUUAUGAUGUUGUAAAUUAGUUCAUGGUGAAUAGUAAGCCUGGAAAACUGAACAACCCAGAUUGUUUUGGCGUGCCCUAUGAUCGAGGUUCCUAGGUUUUCAUUCAGUCAUUCAAACAAAUCAGGUCCAGUUUUCCUUCCUUCUGAUUCAGCCAAUUCACGGCUCAGCCCUUAUCAACAACUUAAAAUUCAGCAUACAUUAGCACACCCACCAUUAUCCAGGUCCAUGCAAUUCCUGUGUGAUAUUGCUACAAGUUUUCAACUUGCAAGGAGUUCUAUUGUUGGUUCUUA